AUGACAUCAUACGGCGGGUAUCAAAGAACGGGCUAUGGCGCCCAAGGCGGUGAUGAGGGCGGCGGCUUCAUGAGCGGUUCCCAGCAAGGCAGUCAGGGUCAAUCAAAGAGGAGCACAAUCGACGAGUACCUCCGCCCAGUAACUAUCAAGCAAAUCCACGACGCCAAAGCCGGCUACAACGAGUCCGAGAUCACCAUCGACGGCUUCCCCGUCAGCACAGUCACCCUUGUCGGCCAAGUGCGCUCCGUCCAACCCCAAACCACAAACAUCACAUACAAGAUCGACGACGGCACCGGCGGUACCAUCGACGUCAAGAAAUGGGUCGACCUCGAAAAGUCCGAAUCAGGCGCCGAGACCCCCUUUAGCCUUGACACCUGGGUCCGUGUUCUCGGUAGACUCUCGAGCUUCAACGGCAAGAUCCACGUUGGCGCACACCAUGUCAGAGUGAUCGACGAUUAUAACGAGGUCAGCUAUCAUUUGUUGGAGUCUACCUAUGUGCAUGUCUGCAUCUCGAGGGGUUUACCUGGUGGUCCUUGGCCACAAAAAGAGGGUGCGGCUGCUGGUGGUCAUGGUGGAGGGGACUCUGACAGCAUGUUCAUCGACAGUGGGAAUGGGUAUUCAGGUGAUGCUGCGGCGGCUAAUGCUAGGGUGGCGUCUUGCUCGAGACAGGCCAAGUCGUUGUAUCAGUUCAUGCAGAGCGAUCCAAGAUCGAUAGAAGGGAUCAAUGUCGCUGAUGUCAUGGCUGGGUCUGGGAUGGGCAAGAGGGAUGUGCUUGCAGCGGCGGAUGAGUUGUUGGGCAACGGUAUUGUCUAUACCACUGUUGAUGAUGAGACCUGGGCCAUUCUCGAGACAUAA